CAUUGCUAGUAGGAGAGAGAACUGGGAACAAGCUACUCGAUUGUAAGAGAUUGCGACACUUUGCGACACACACGUGGGAAAACAAAAUGGCGGAAGGAUCGAGUGAAAAGAUGAGCAGUGAAACAACGGAAGAUGAGCCAUUUGAGACUGUUCCAGUGAGGAGAAAACGAAAACGAGGGCAACUGGAAGAUAUGGAUACUAGCGAAGAAUUAAAAAGACCCAGUUUUCCUCCUGCAAAAGCUGAAAAAUUGAUGGGUGGAAAGUCAGAAACGCGAAAAAUACCAGUUCCACCCCACCGAUAUACACCUCUUAAAGAGAACUGGAUGAAGAUAUUCACUCCGAUUGUCGAGCAGUUGAAGCUUCAAAUUCGUUUCAAUUUGAAUGCAAGAAAAGUAGAAAUUCGGACUUCCAAGGACACUCAAGAUAUUGGUGCGAUCCAAAAAGCAGCAGAUUUUGUUCAGGCAUUUCUACUUGGAUUUGAAGUAGAGGAUUCCUUAGCCUUGGUCAGAUUAGAUGAUUUGUUCUUGGAGACAUUUGAAAUUGCUGAUGUUAAGCCACUGAAGGGAGAUCAUCUUUCAAGAGCCAUUGGUCGUAUCGCCGGGAAAGGUGGCAAAACAAAGUUCACCAUUGAAAAUGUAUCCAAGACAAGAAUAAUCCUUGCCGACUCUAAAAUCCACAUUUUAGGAUCAUUUCAGAACAUCAAAAUUGCCAGAACAGCAAUUUGUAGUCUCAUCUUAGGAAGCCCUCCAUCAAAAGUAUACGGAAACAUGAGAGCAGUGGCGAGCAGAACGGCCGAGAGAUUUUGAAGAGACCGGGCGGAGAUGGAGGGAAGUGAUACAGGAGAGCAAGAAUGAAGUCAGAUCCGCAACGAGGAAUUGUGAUGUCUGUGAUGAUAAAUUCGUGGCAAAUACAGAAAUGUUUUGAUCUGAUACAGCGUGGCGACGGAUUACAAACAACAUUUUUAUCACUAACACUUACAAACUUGCAAAGGAUCAAAAGCACGAUCAAACGAAGACAAGGAAAAUUUUAAUUUAUUGGAAUGGAAAACUUCCAGUGAAAAAACCAGGAUUUAGAAGAAAUUGCAACCCAAAACUAAUAGGAAUCAACUGAACAUUUUUUACACAAAUUUGUAUAGUCACAAAAAAUUGCAAACGGUUGCUUAAAACCUGCUAGAAAAUUGUACGUACAGAUAUAUUGUCUGAUGUAGUCCAUGCGUUUUAUCGCUAUUAAACGAAAAAAAUAAAGAUUUAUCUUGGAAGCAAAAUGCAAUAAACCACAGAACAAUCUCAUAAGCAAAAUAGAGGAGUACUGUUUUAUCCAUUUCUCAUUGGUUAGUCUGUCCACAGCCGUUUACGUUUUUGGUGCGAGUUGUUUUUCUACGAGCAGGCGAGAGCAGCCGCGAAGUGGGCGCAAGAUGUUUCCCCAGCCCCACCCCCUGGCGUUUUAACGUAUGUAUUUAUUUUACUAAGUUCGCGAUCUCGACGAACUAAAGACAAAAUAGCUAAAUAGGUAAAGCUUCCUAGUGUGUCGAGCCUUCCUGACAGUGUCAGACCAUUUUUGGUUCC